CAAUCUGUCGGUUGUCAUUUGUCAUAAUAAGUUGAUUGAACUGUGAAGUUGUUGGAAGUUUUAUAAAUUCAAUAAUAUUAAAGCGCUAAAAACGGUAUUGUUCUAAGCAGUUUUAUUAGUUCAAGAAUAAUGUCAAUUAAUUGGUUACUCAACACUAAAAAAUCAGUGUCAGUCUUCAUCGAUUUUGUACGCAAUGCCAGUAAAAAGACAGGAGGUAGUACGAGGAAUACAAACUGCAAAGUAAGGCCGAAGCACAGAGGGUGGAAAGUACAAGAUGGUCACAUUGUUCCAGCGGGAAAAAUUUUAGCAACCCAAAGAACUACAAGGUUUCAUCCAGGUUUAAAUGUUGGAUUUGGACGUAAUGGCACAUUGUUUGCAAUGGAAGCGGGCAAAGUGGUUGUAACAUGUGAGAAGUUUGAACCAAACUGGGAUCACACAUGGGUGCAGCGGUGUUAUGCUGGUAGAACUAACCAAAACAUAUUCAAGAAAUACUAUAAUGUCAUACCGGAGCCACAGCACAACAGAUUUAAAUUAAUUGAUGAAGUUUAAUAUAUGUUUUAAUUGUAGUCAUUAGUAAAAUAAAUUA